AGUACAAAUACCUGUUCUUGUUUGCUCAAACAAACUCACACAUUCUUUGUCUCUUUUUCUUAUUUCAUUUGCAAACAUGGUUUCAUCUUCUCCUCCACCAGCUCCAAAGGAAGUUCCUUCAGAUGAAAAAUGGGCAGAAGAUGGUCCACCUCGCGAAGCGAAAUGGUGGUAUUCGACGUUUCAUACUGUCACUGCCAUGGUUGGUGCUGGUGUUCUUAGCCUACCUUAUGCCAUGGCUUACUUAGGAUGGGGUCCAGGGAUAGUAGUGAUGAUCUUAUCAUGGUGUAUAACUUUGAACACAAUGUGGCAAAUGAUUCAACUCCAUGAAUGUGUGCCCGGGGUUCGUUUUGAUCGAUACAAGGACCUUGGAAAACAUGUUUUUGGACCAAAACUUGGGGCAUGGAUUGUGCUUCCACAACAACUGAUAGUUCAGGUUGGUUGUGACAUAGUGUACAUGGUUACUGGAGGAAAAUGUUUGAUGAAAUUCAUGGAGAUUGCUUGUACUAAUUGCACUCGAAUUCGACAAUCUUAUUGGAUUUGCAUCUUUGGUGCCAUUCAUUUCUUUCUUUCACAAUUGCCAAAUUUCAAUGCUGUUUCUGGUGUUUCAUUAGCUGCUGCAAUCAUGUCUCUAAGCUAUUCAACUAUAGCAUGGGUGGGUUGUGUGGGAAAAGGCAGAGUCCCUAACGUGAGCUACGCGUACAAGGCAACAAGUCCAGUGGACUACAUGUUCCGUGUCUUCAACGCGUUAGGCCAAGUAUCGUUUGCUUAUGCAGGCCACGCGGUUGUCCUUGAGAUUCAGGCUACAAUUCCAUCAACACCUGAAAAGCCUUCCAGAGUACCAAUGUGGAAAGGUGCUGUAUGGGCUUAUUUUGUCAAUGCCCUGUGUUAUUUCCCUGUUGCAUUCAUCGGGUACUGGGCGUUUGGUCAAGAUGUCAAUGACAACGUGCUCGUGGGACUUGAAAGGCCAUCUUGGCUCAUUGCAGCUGCUAACUUAAUGGUGGUUGUCCAUGUCAUAGGCAGCUAUCAGGUUUAUGCUAUGCCAGUAUUUGAUCUGAUGGAGCAAAAAUUGGUGAAAACAUGGAAUUUCCCACCUGGUGUACUGCUGAGAUUCAUCGUUCGUACUACAUACGUUGCUUUCACUUUGUUUUUUGGUGUAACAUUCCCUUUCUUUGGUGAUCUUCUUGGUUUCUUUGGAGGAUUUGGAUUUGCUCCUACUUCUUACUUUCUCCCAAGCAUAAUGUGGCUUAAGGUCAAGAAACCAAGAAGAUUCAGUACCUCAUGGUGGAUAAAUUGGGCAUGCAUAUUUAUUGGAGUAUUUAUUAUGAUAGCCUCCACAGUUGGUGGAUUGAGAAAUAUUGUUGCUGAUUCAUCCUCCUAUGAGUUCUAUUCAUGAAGAAUACAUUUGAAAUUUAAUUUAAAAUAAAUCUAUUAUUGGAUGGAAUCUAAUCCAGAAAAAAAAUUAGUUAAAAUUCCAAUAUGUAGUAGGGCCUUUGCCUGAAUCCUGAUUAAAUACGAGAUACUUUAUGUACCGAGCUAGCUGCUUUUUUAGCAGUAGUUUGUUAAGAUUUCUGAUUUUAGCAAAUUUCCUUUUUAUCCAUUUUA